AUUCCAAGGAUCGCGACCCCGGACGACUCAAAGGAAGUCGAGCCAACUUUUUAGGAAAUCAUGACAACUGCCAACUUUUCAUGUUGCAAGGUUAACACACUGGAGUCUUGAUCACCUCAUCAAGUCCUUGGAUAUCAGUGUUGGUUCUAAACAGACAGUGCCCAGCGCGGCGAAGCGAGGACGUCGAACAAUUCUAAGCAGCUUGUCGGUGAAAGUGCUCUGUACAAGGAGAUGUCGCAACAUCCCUCCUGUGGACCUGCACCUGCCUGCAAAUUCGGUCAUUUGUCAUUCUGGGAGCACUUGAGACAGUGUCCCUUUUCACGCGUUGUAACGUGAUCAGAUGCUGCUGCACGAAGGCUCCGAAUUGCUGGGUGCGUUCAGUCUCAGGCUUGUGCUGGAAGGUCCAAAGGAUCGAGCGAACUGGAGAGGCUUACUCAAAACUAUCAGGAGGCCUCCGUGGCAGUAUUUCUUCUCGAUAGGGCACAAAAAGCUUGAAAUUGGCGAAUGGACUGGGACUUGGCAGUUCCUGCUGUGGUAUAUCGAUGCCAGAUGUAUGAGACGGAAAUUCUGGGAGGUCCUGAUAGCUUGGAUGCUCGUGCAGGUGUGCUCUGUAGAGAAGAUGACGUCUCCACCGCCGAGACAAGAGAAUCGCAAACGGGCUCGUUGGCGAUUCUUUAUUGACAAUACGAACCGUACUCUAAAUAUGGUCUCGAGUAUCGUUGAUUUAUACUUAUUAAUGACAUAUAACCUCUCUAACUAAAGAUUGCAUCAACUGGAAUCUGGCAUCAUGACGCUCACUUCUGGUAAGUCUUAUGGAACUCUGAUUCCAGGACUUGUAGACCAUGCUCAGGUUUAUGUAUGGCUCCUUCACAGACCAGGGAAUAGAAUGACCUGGACCAGGUCGUAAUCAUGGGAUAUGUAGCGGCUCGAAAAGGCUCAUUUCCAAUAGACGUCCAAGUUUGUCCUGGUCGGAGUCAUGGGCCUCGCAGAAGCAUGUUCAGGACCAGGAACCGUCGCCUGGAUUCCCUACUCCGACGUGCUCGGGUUCGGAUUCCGAUCCACCACCACUGCGAAACCAUCCUCAACCUCGUGUAAUCGAAAAGGCAGAAAGGCGAGCUCUAUUCAAAGGGCUCAAGUUUGCACUGCCCAUCAGUUGUACCAAACCAACACUCCUCCAUCACACUGGGCUUGUGAUUCCAGCCCAGGAUUGCAUGCUUCACCGAUCCUUGAAAUAAUAUUCGUGUGGUCGUGAGAAAUUUCGUGUUCGAAUAUCGACUGUGGUCUCAAUAAAUAAAUUUGAUGAAAUUAU